AAUGUUUUAAUUGCCUGGGUGUUGGGUUAUUGCUUCAGUCGUGCCUUAAUGACCUUAUUUUGACUUUAAUUCACCCACACACUUUCAUUAAAGGCUUUUGAUUUGUCAGAGUACAGGUGCAGAUUAAUAUACUCAUGAAAAAUGGGAAAUGGUGAUAAGACUCAAAUGCUAGUCCACAUUGAAAAGAAUCUCGAUUACCAGUCUUUUGAUGUGAGAUGGAUCCCUAAUUCUGCAAGACUGGUUGUACUGGGCAGCAAUACUGAUGCUACAGGCUGCAUAGAGAUUAUGGAAAUGUCAUCAGGGAAGCUUGAUUCGCUCUGCAAAACCAAGUAUCCGUAUGCUGUGAAAUGUGGUACUUUCAGAGCGUCAUCCACAGCUGCUCGACAGUUGGCCUUUGGAGACUUCCAUGGACAUCUUCAGGUUGUGGACUUAAGCCAGCCUGAAAAAAUUCUGUACUCUGUCAAAGCUCAUCACAGGGUGCUGAACACUAUAGAUGGAGUGGGAGGACUCGAUAUUGGAAGAGGAGCACCAGAGCUCGUGACAGGUGGAGCAGACGGGCGCGUGAAAGUGUGGGACCUUCGGCAGAGCGAUGGCCCUGUCGUGACCAUCGCUCCUCAGGAGGGCACCCACCAGCCUGACUGUUGGGCAGUGGCUGCAGGCAACGCACAUAGCCCUGAGGAGAGAGUUGUGGCUUCAGGGUUUGAUAAUGGGGACAUUAGACUUUUUGACCUCAGGACUAAUAAAGUUAUGUGGGGUGCAAACGUAGGCAAUGGAGUGUGUUCACUAGAUUUUGAUAGGAGGGAUAUAAUGAUGAACAAGCUAGUUGCAACUGUACUUGAAGCAAAUAUCCAUAUUUUCGAUUUGAGAACCUUAGAUGCCAAUAACCAGUUCGCUUUCAAGUCCGUGUUGGCUCACAAAUCUACAGUGUGGUGUGCUCGGCAUUUACCUCAGAACCGCGACAUAUGGGUUACUACUGGGGGUAACGGAUCACUAAUGUUAUGGAAAUACGUGUAUCCGGCCAAGCGAUCUGUAAAAGAUGCUACUGGGAAUUUGAUGGGUGUGCCUGGAAAUGCAGAUUGUCUAGCUUCUCUAACAGCAAGCACUCAGCCUAUUACAAACUUUGAUUGGAAUGCAGAUUUUGCUGGGCUAGGAGCAUUCAGUGCUAUAGACCAAAUUUUACGCGUUACGAUCGCUACCAAUCUGCCAUCCUGAGUUUUAAUCUCAGAGAUUUUUUAUUCAGGGUAAUUUAACAUUAUUGUUUGAAAAUAUUUUGCUUGAAUGGACUUCAAUUACCAAAAGCUGUUUGCCUUUGACUUCCACAUUUGUCUGUCUUGCAUCGCCAUCUUUUCUUCAUUUUACAUUGUGUGCAAAAUAUGCAUGCAUCAUUAAUUUGACUCUUGAUGCUAACUGCUUCCAAAACUAAAAUUGAAUUCUCAAAUCCAGUCAAUAUUAUAUGGUUAACAUUUCUUUAUUGUGUAUCAAUAAACUAGUAUUUCUUUCA